UCGUUGUCGUCACUAACACCUUUCUCUCUCUUUUCCAUUGAACCUUUCUUCUUCCAUCUACCUCCCUGCAUCGCUCUCUCUUCUUAGCCUUGCCUGCUGAAAAACCAUCACCUAUUCCAUUAUUCUGACAUAUAGACCACAACCACUCAAUUCGUCGCCCCUUAUUUGCAUCUUUGUCACAUUUUUUUCUGCAUUGGCUAUAGGUAGGAGAAUUAUCAACAUCAUGGAAUCAGUUAGUGACAAGAAAGUGAGAUUAAAGAGAAUGUGACUCACUAACAGAAAAAUCAAUCUCAACUCAACCAUUUCAUUUAAUCCAAGUGCUAUUAUUUCACCCUCUCAUCGCUCGUUAUAAAUACUGCUCUCACUUGAUACGUAACACGUGAAGGGAGAGUGAGAUAGUUCACAAUUCACAUGGCAGAAAGUAUCAUUUCAGAUGGCACAGCAAUACCUAAUGAUAACGGGAGACGGAACACAGAACCUGAAAUGGAGAAGAAAUGGUGGAAUAAAAUCUUGGACAUUGAGGAAGCAAAACAUCAACUCAUGUUUUCAUUACCAAUGAUUUUUACAAAUUUAUUUUAUUACUUGAUCACUUUGGUUUCUGUCAUGCUUGUUGGUCAUCUUGGUGACCUUCAGUUAGCAGGUGCUACUCUUGCCAACUCAUGGUUCAGUGUCACGGGCAUAGCAGUUAUGGUUGGCUUAAGUGGUGCAUUAGAAACACUCUGCGGACAAGGAUUUGGCGCAAAAGAAUAUCACAAGUUGGGAAUUUACCUACAAAGCUCUUGCAUUAUAUCUUUUAUUUUUUCCAUCAUUAUAUCAAUUAUUUGGUUCUAUACAGAACCCAUUCUAGUGUUACUUCAUCAAUCACAAGACAUUGCUAGAACAGCAGCACUCUAUAUGAAGUUUCUUAUACCAGGAUUAUUUGCAUAUAGUAUCUUGCAAAACUUGUUGAGGUUUCUACAAACACAAUCUGUAGUAAUACCACUGGUUAUACUUUCAGCUAUACCAGCAUUGGUUCAUGGUGGGAUUGCAUAUGGAUUUGUUCAAUGGACAAGUCUGAAUUUCAAAGGUGGACCAGUUGCAACUUCUAUUUCACUAUGGAUAUCAAUGAUAAUGUUAGGAUCAUAUGUUAUGUAUGCAAAGAAGUUUGAGAAUACGUGGAGGGGAUUUUCAAUGCAAUCAUUUUAUUACUUGUUUCCAAACAUGAAACUAGCUUUGACUUCCGCCGUAAUGGUAUGUUUGGAGCAUUGGGCUUUUGAAGUUUUGGUUUUCUUAGCUGGAUUAAUGCCUGACUCACAAAUAACAACUUCAUUGAUCGCAAUAUGUGCGAACACAGAAUUCAUUGCUUACAUGAUCACUUAUGGUCUUAGUGCAGCUGCAAGCACAAGAAUUUCCAAUGAAUUGGGAGCAGGCCACCCCGAAAGAGCAAAACAUGCAAUGAGAGUCACAUUAAAGCUCUCUGUCGUCCUUGGUUUCUGUUUUGCUUUGAUGAUUGUAUUUGGUCAUGAUAUAUGGAUUCGGAUGUUUAGCAGUAGUCCUACGAUCAAACAUAAGUUUGCUUCAAUAUCACCCUUCCUUGCUACUUCCAUACUACUAGAUUCUGUCCAAGGUGUCUUAUCAGGGGUGGUUAGAGGAUGUGGUUGGCAGCACUUAGUUGUUUAUGUCAACCUUGCAACUUUUUAUCUCAUUGGUUUACCCAUUUCAUGUCUCCUUGGAUUUAAGACCAAUUUGGAAUACAAGGGUUUAUGGAUUGGUCUGAUUUGUGGGCUGGCAUGUCAAACUGGGACACUCUUACUUUUGACAAGAUAUGCCAAAUGGACUAAACUGAAUCUCUCAGGAGACAAAGGUAAAGAUCAACCUGUUGUUGUUUUAACAACUGAAUGCAUGCCAAUUGAGACAGCUCCUUUAGAUGCAGUGUGAGCGAAACUAUAACUCGGAGCUUUAAACUCAGCUUUCGGAGAAAACUCUUUGAAUGUCGAAGCAAACUCAGGUUAAAAUGGUCAUAGGUUGUAUUAGACAUUAUUUUUCUAUCUAAGAACAUUUCUUGUUCCUACUCAUUUAGAGAGAGUGAAAACAUGAUAUUUUUUGUAAGCGGUGUUUGUGAGUUGCAGAAAUAAAUAUUGACAUGCACACAUGAUCUAACAAAGUUUCUUGUCAGUGGUUUUUGUUCCAGAGUCUAACAUGAACUUCUAUUGUUGCAAGGCAGAAAUGUAUCUCACAGCAAAAUGUGGAAACAGUUAAAAUACCAUGUAAUCGCGCUACCAGUUAAUCAAUAUUGUUGGAUAAAGAUUGAAUUACUCA